AUGGACGGUCUCAGCGCCGCAGCGAGCAUCAUAGCCGUUAUUCAAAUAGCCCAAAUAGUAGGCUCAGAGCUGAAAGACUAUUACGAAGGGGUGCGCCAAGCUAGAGAAGAGAUCCAGAAGCUAUACAACACGAUAAAGAAUCUCGAGGUCAUUCUCGAGCGUCUCCAGGAACUCUUCCAGUUGCCUAGCAGUCAUCUGUCUGUGGUGGACCCGGUCUUCGUUGAUCAGGCUGGGCCACUGAAACAAUGCCAGGAAGAGCUCAGCAAGUUAGAAGCUGCACUUGAAAUUUCGACUCAUCGUGGGAGAAUACGGAAAUCGGUACAGUCGCUGAAAUGGCCAUUCGAGAAAAAGGAUGUCGAGAAGCGUGUUGUUGUGCUAGAGCGGCACAAAUCUAGCCUUGCAUUGUGCAUUGGGGUCGAGAAUCUGCAGUCUUUUGGAGAGAGUUUAAUUUACUACGGUUCGACUGUGAUCGACCAUAUCCAGAAGCGGAGCAUCAAUGAGUCGAACGUGGCGGUGGUAUACUGGUACUUCACUUUCACGAACAUCGAUAAGCAAAACGUUGCCAAUGCGCUCUGUUCUGCUAUUGCAGACAUUUGCGGCAAUCGACGUGAUACCCCCGAAGAACUUCAGAGAGCCCACGAUCGAUGCAACGCUGGUCAACAAAAACCACCUUUCGAUGUACUCAAGUCAAUGCUGAAAGUGGUUUCCAAUGGGUUUGAUAAUAUCUAUCUAAUCUUGGAUGCGCUAGAUGAAUGUCCGACAACUGAUGGCCAGCGAGAUACGCUCUUGGAAUUCCUCCACGAAGUUUCUUCAUGGCAAUUAGACUGUUUACAUGUCUUGGCGACGAGCAGACGAGAGCUUGAUAUUCAAGAGUCUCUUACCUCAUCCCAUGGAAAAUCUUCACAUUUUUUAAGUGUUCAAGGUUCGCAUGUUGAACAAGAUAUCAUGAAAUAUCUUGGUCAUCGCCUCGAGCACCACACAUUUCGAUCAUGGAAGCCUGCAUUGAAACAGGACGUGAAAGAAGAUCUGGUGAAGAAAGCGAAUGGGAUGCAAAUUCGAGAGGCUAUGAAUGCACUCCCGAGGAGUCGGGAAGCACUCUAUAAUCGGAUGUUGCAGAGCAUUACCGACGAAGACCAAGAAUACGCUCAAAGAGCUUUUCAGUGGCUUGCGUUCUCUGCUCGUCCCAUCACCUUGGAAGAGCUCGCAGAAGCAGCCAUUAUCAAGCCUUGCGCCGAACGCCCGGAGUUACUCGAGGAAACUCGAUUUUUGGACCCUCAAGAUCUGCUGCAUAUCAUUCCAUCUGGGCUAAUCUCAGUAAUCACGAUAAAUCCAUAUGACUUUGAUAAUUCUAUGUCUGAAGAGGAUAUGAUCAAGUACAUAGACACUCUUUUUGGAGAUAAUGAAUCCAUGUCCGCCAGUGCCAACUAUCCUUCUGGAAGCGACGACUUUCAUUCUGGAGAUGACAGCUCUGAAUUUGUUUUUGAGGCGGGUGACCUAGAGGAUCCAGAAAUCAGAUAG